AUGGGAAGCCCAGAUAACUCGGUGGCGGAUCAAAGCCCGCCCAGCGAAUAUACGAAGCGUGCCUGGCUCGUCAUCAUAGGAGCAACUCUUGGAGCUUUCUGCACGGUCGGUUUCGUGAACUCGUUCGCAGUCUUUGAAGAACACUAUGCAAAGAACCAAUUGGCCGACAAAUCGCAAUCGACGAUCGCCUGGCUGGGAGCCAUCGCCAUAUUCUUCGUUUUCUCGGUAUCCGUAAUAUCUGGCCCGAUUCAAGAUGCGUUUGGUCCUAGGUGGCCUGUGUUGAUCGGUUCUGUGGGCGUGGUCUUCUCUCUUAUGAUGACCUCGUUGUGUAAGGAGUUUUAUCAAUUCAUACUCGCCCAGGGUGUCCUCCUUGGAAUAUCAAUGGCACUGGUAGUAUGUCCUGUACUCGCACUGAUCGGCCAAUAUAUCAAGGUCAAGCGCGCGCUAGCGAUGGCGAUUGUGAUCUCCGGGUCAUCCCUGGGAGGUGUGGUCUGGCCCAUUGUCCUCACCCAGCUGCUGAAAAAGCCCAAUGUUGGAUUCGGCUGGACCAUGCGAAUUGCCGGGUUCAUUAUGGUUCCUCUUCUGGCUCUCACCUGCCUGUGGUGUCGUCCGCCACUCGAAUCCUCCUCGUCCACGGCCCAGCAGCCCAGCUCCGAUGAUACCGAAUCGAAAGGUGAAGAGAAAGACACUCCAGAGAAGACAGAUUAUUCAUUCCUCCGAAAGCCGUCCGUGGUCCUCACCUGUGUCGCGUUCUUCAUCAUCUACUUCGGCAUGUUCUCGCCCUUCUUCUAUACAACCUCAUAUUCCGUUGACCACGGGUUCUCUUCCGAUCUUUCUUUCUACACGACGUCCAUCAUCAACGGUGCCUCGUUCUUCGGCCGCCUUCUUCCCGGCCUUCUCGCUGAUCGCUACGGCAGGUUCAACUGCUGCUUCGUCGCCACUCUCUUAUCAGGGAUCAUUGCCCUGUGCUGGACGAAGGCGACCUCUGUCGCAGGGUUGGUCAUUUUCGCUGCUGCGUAUGGAUUUACCUCCGGUGGAAUCCUAUCCCUCCAACAAGCCUGCGCCGCACAAAUCGCCACUCCACGAACGCUCGGCCUCACGAUCGGUGUCGUCAUGGCGUCUACCUCUCUUUCAGCAAUGGCAGGCGUCCCCAUCAGCGGUGAACUAGCCGGAAAAUACGGCUACCUUCCCCUCUCAAUUUACUCGGGUGUCAGCCUCCUGCUUGGCAGCUUUCUUCUCAUCGCUGCACGGCUAGCACAGAACAAAAGUUUGUAUGCUGCUGUUUAA